AGGCACCGAGAGUCUGAAACGGCGACUUUCUUACAGGAUCCUGAUGAAGAAAUUGCCAAAAUGGACAUGACGAGGAAAAAACAGUAUGAAGACCAGCCAUCUUGGAAUAAUGUUCACAAAAAUGCCCAUAUGCUGAUUCCUACUCCGGAUAAAGAUGAUGAUGCAGUUGGUGUUGAUUACUCUCACUUUAUACAUCUAAGUGUGGUUCCAACUAGAGCUUCACCAUUACCAGUUCUAGGCUGGGCAAACAGAGAGGAUGUGUGGAAAAACAUGAUAAACAAAGAAGAGGCAUAUGUGAGGGAUAAACUUUAUAUGCAAAGGCACCCUCUCCUGCAACCUAAAAUGAGAACUAUCCUUCUAGACUGGCUCAUGGAGGUUUGUGAAGUCUACAAGCUUCAUAGAGAAACUUUUUAUUUAGCACAAGAUUUCUUUGAUCGGUUUAUGGCAACACAACAGGACGUUGUAAAAACACUAUUGCAGCUUAUCGGUAUAUCUUCUUUAUUCAUAGCAGCAAAGCUUGAGGAAAUCUAUCCACCAAAGUUGCACCAGUUUGCCUAUGUUACAGAUGGAGCUUGUACAGAAGAUGAAAUCCUCAGUAUGGAAUUGAUCAUUAUGAAGGCUCUUAACUGGAACUUAAAUCCUCUGACAGUUGUAUCAUGGCUAAACAUUUACAUGCAAGUUGCGUAUUUAAAUGAGCUUUAUGAGGUAUUGCUGCCACAAUAUCCACAGCAAAUAUUUGUACAAAUAGCAGAGCUCUUAGAUCUCUGUGUGCUGGAUAUUGGCUGCUUGGAAUAUACGUAUGGAGUGCUUGCAGCUUCUGCUUUGUAUCACUUCUCCUCAUCUGAGUUGAUGCAGAAAGUUUCAGGUUAUAAAUGGUGUGAGAUAGAGGAAUGUGUAAAAUGGAUGGUUCCAUUUGCGAUGGCAAUAAGGGAAGUAGGAAGCUCCAAACUCAAACACUUCAGAGGUAUAGCUCCUGAAGACUUGCACAAUAUACAGACACACAUAAACAGCUUGGAUUUGCUGGACAAAGCUCAAGCAAAACAAGCCAUAUUGGCUGAGCAAAAUAGGACUUCACCUUUCCCCACUGGUGUCCUUACACCACCACAAAGUAGUAAGAAACAGUCUUCUGGAGUGAAGCCAAUAUGACUUUAGAAACUGUUGACAGACAAUUUUGCUGAAGUGCCUGUUCUGCUGGUUCUAACUCCUGCUCCAUUAUGGAAAUGCUGCCAGUGAAGUUCAUAAGCUUUUAUGGAAUCUGAAAAGGAAACCUUACUUUUUUCAUGACAGAAAAAAUUUUCUAUUUGAAAUAUUUUUAUUGAACAUUAAAAUAUUUUAAAGAAAUGGAUCAAGUACACCAGCCACUUAAAAGAACACCGAAGAGUGCUCCAAAUGCUGCUACGGAGGGUGAUGCUUGAUGUGACCAACCGUUCCGGAAAAGGGCUUGAAGUUUAGAUUAGUUCUGUGCUGGUUUGUCCUUUGGAUAAUCUGCAGUCACGCUGUCCCCUGUGGAGAAAUGGGCAAAAAGUGCUGCGGAAGACAACAUUUCAAAGCCUCUUUUUCAAAUGGUUGGCUUACAACUUGAUGCCUUU